AUGCCUUCAUAUGCAAAAUUUUUUAAGGAACUCCUCUCUAAAAAUAGGAAGUACAUUGAAGAGGAAACAAUUGAGGUACAGGGAAACUGUAGCGCCAUCAUUCAAAAGUUAAUACCUCCCAAGUUGAAGGAUGCAGGAAGUUUCACUAUCCCGUGCACUAUAGGGAACAUCUCUGUUGGGAAAGCACUAAUUGAUUUGGGGUCCAGUAUCAAUCUCAUGCCACUCUCCAUGUUUGAAAAAAUUGAAGGCCUAAAACUUAAGCCUACCUGGAUGACUCUCCAACUAGCAGACAUAUCUCUAAAAUAUCCUUAUGGGGUAGCUGAGGACGUGCUGGUAAAAGUAGACAAGUUCAUGUUUCCUGUUGAUUUCGUUAUCAUGGAGAUGGAAAAAGAUGUGAAUGUUCCUCUUAUUCUUGGGAGACCUUUCAUGAAAACUACAAGAGUCCUAAUUGAUGUGGAGAAUGGCAAGCUGAAGGUGAGAGUGCAAGAUGAAGAAAUAAAUUUUGAUGUCUUUCAAGCCAUGUCUCACCCAAAAUAUGAUAAGGGUUGUUUCCAUGUUGACACUCUUGACAAAAUAUGCAUGAUUAAAGAAAAAGAGGUGAUGUAUGUGAUGUUCCCUCUCUGGAAUCGAUGUUGUUGA